AUGGAUAAAAAAAUAAAUGAGUUUAUUGGUGAUAAAGCAGUUUCCUUCUCGCAAUCUGGGCACUAUUUGGCUACGCUAUAUCAUAAUGCUAUUUAUGUAUGAAACUUUGAUCCGAAUCUUAGGUAUAUAGAAGGACAUUAUCAUAAAGAACCUAUUUAUUCAAUUUCCCUGUCCUCUUCAAAUAAAUAUUUAGCAUCUGCUGGAGAGGGUGAAACCAUCAAAAUCUGAGAUAUCAAGAGUCUAAAAUUGAUAUCUGAGCAUAAAAUUCAUAAAAAUUUUGUUUCUUCAGUUUGCUUCUCCCCAAAUGAGGAUCUACUUCUAUCAGGGAGUGCAGAUCUAACAGUAAAGCUUUAUGAUAUCAAAGAGAGGAGCGUUAUUAGCACUUUUUAUGGUCACGAACAAUCUCUUAGAUCAGUCAAAUUUGUACCUUUUGGAAAAUAUAUAGCAUCUGUCGAUAAUGAUGAUUUUGCAAUUAUAUGAAAAAUUAAGGAUCAAAAAAUAUAUAAAACAUUCGAAGAUGUUUAUGAUAUUGCUUUUCAUCCAAAUUUGUAUGUAUUUGCUUUGUCUUGCAAGUCUGGAGUUAGAAUUAUAAGUACAGAUAAUUGGGAAGAGAAAAAAAAGCUCACUGUGGAUUAUCCAAAACGUGUGAUAUUUUCGCCUUUGGGAAAUGUAUUUGCAACUAUAAACUUUAAUAAAGAAAUCAGCUUAUGGAGCACCAAAAAUUUUAAUGAGCUAAGUAGUUUUUUAGAUGGAGGGGUCCUUGCAUUUUCUCCUUGUGAAAACUACCUAGCUGCUGCACAUAAAUCAAAUAUAGUUUUAUAUGAUAUAGGAAAAAUUACUUCAAUAAGCUAUUCUUCUGAUGGGAAAUUUAUUUGCUCAGGAAGUAAAGAUAAAACAAUAAAAUUAUGGGAUGCUGAAAAAGGAUUGGAGUCAUUAAGACAAAAAAUCAAAGAAGGAGUUGUUGCUAAUCAAUCUUUUCUCAAGUGGACUUCGACAAGCGAUGAUCUAAUUAUGCCAUUUUGCUCAUUUUCAAGAGAAAAAUUAAACCUGCAGACUCUUAACCUGAUGGAUUCACUUUGUCCAAAUCCUUAA